GCAUCGAGUUGAAAGCCAUAAGAGCUAUAUAUUACAUAUAUAUAUACUCAACAAAAUUUAUAGUAUUUCCACAUUUUUGUUAGCUAGUACUGUUCAUCAUGGUUGCUUCAUUCAACAACUUGAAGACUUUGGCUAUUGUUGCUUUUGCACUUACCUUAUGUGUGCAAGUUACACUAGGGAGCAUAACAUGCGAGAAACUAAACAAAGACUCAUGCGCUUUCGCAAUAUCGAGUACCGGAAAACGUUGCGUCCUAGAGAAAUCUCUCCGACGGAGCGGUGAACAAGUAUAUACAUGUCGAACAUCGGAAAUUGAGGCUGAUAAUAAGCUCAAAAAUCGAAUUGAAACCGAUAAUUGCAUCCAAUUGUGCGGCGUCAACCGGAAUACCCUCGGAAUUUCUUCGGAUUCUCUCUUGGAAUGCCAUUUUACAAAGAAGUUGUGCUCACCUGAAUGCUACAAACAUUGCCCUAAUAUUGUUGAUCUCUAUUUCAACCUUGCUGCUGGUGAAGGUGUAUAUCUUCCGAGGUUAUGCGAAGAACAAGGUGGAAAUGGACGCCGUGGAAUGGCAGAGAUUAGAAGCUCGGGAAUAGUUGCACCAGCACCGGAAAUGGGAGUGAAGCCCGCCAAUUUUAUGAUUUCUCCGGCAAUGUCUCCUUUCUAAAUUCAAAAUUAGAGCGUAUAAAUAUAACUAUAUAAGACUAAGAACAUGAUAGACAAGUUAAAUUAUCACUCUCAUUGUAUGAAAUAAGGACUUUGGUAUCCCAAUUACCAUAUGAGUAGUUUUUUUUUUUUUUAAUUCAUGUUACUAUUACUAUUUUAAUGUUAUAGUGUUAGGUCACGAAGGUCUAGAGUGUGUUUUUUUUUUUGCCUUCUAAGAAAUUAUAUGAUGUGUUAUGUUAUAGAUUAAUAAGAAGAAUCGAAAGACACUUUUUAAUGUUAGAAGAA